CAAGACCUUAUUUUUGAUGGAAAUAAUUCAUUUGCCAGCAGAGUUAAUAGAAGCUAGAACUAUGCCGCUGGUACUUGACUGGGCCAUCAGGGAUGACGGGUUGGUGUUACCAACCGGGAUAAAAGGGGGUCUUUUGUCCCGGUUGAGUGACCCGGGAUAAAAGACCCCCCCCUUUUGUCCCGGAUGGUUUAUCCCGGAUACGUUUUCGAGAUAAAAGCACCCUACCAACCGGGAUUAAAGCUCACUUCUCUACCAGUGGUUAUAGAAGCUAGAACUAUGCCGCUGGUACUUGACUGGGCCAUCAGGGAUAGAUGACGGGUCUUGCCGGCCCCCACCCAACGAUGGUGAGGCGUCGGCUAAGCCCACAGCUCCCGCUUGCGUCAGCAGAAACAGCUUCUGUAUCAGUGCCACACAGGGGCCUGGGUACCUCUGUAAUUGCUCUGAGGGAUACAUGGGCAAUCCCUACGUCACCGGUGACAAAGGAUGCACAAAUAUUAACGAGUGUGAUCUUCGGAAAUCAAAUCCUGAGAAGUAUGAAAAAUUAUAUCCUUGUUAUAGUGGUAGCACAUGCCAUGAUACACAGGGUAGUUACAAGUGCAAAUGCAAAUUUGGUCUAAAAGGAGAUGGUAAAAGUGAGAAAGGAUGCCAGCCCAUAUUUCCAGUAUGGGCAAUACCAAUAUUAGGAAUAAUUGUUGUCGCCGUCGUAGCAACUUUCGCAAUUUUUGAGGUAAAGAGGCGAAAGCACAGGAGGUUUUUCGACAGAAACGGCGGUGACAUACUCAAGAGCAUGGGCAUUAACAUCUUCACGGAGGGUCAGCUGAAGAAAAUCACAAACGGCUACAAAAAAUCUAUCGGAGAAGGUGCCUUUGGCAAGGUCUACAUAGGGGUAACUGAUGACUCCCAACAGGUUGCGGUUAAGUGCUCUACUGCGAAAGGCGAGGUUCUUCCGCAGGAGGAGUUCGUUAACGAGAUCACCUUCCAGUUCCGCAUCAGCCAUACUAACCUUGUCCGCCUCGUCGGGUGCUGCCUCGAGACAGAUGUUCCCAUGCUUGUCUUCGAGUUUGUCCCCAGAGGCAGCCUACACAGCGUCCUCCAUGGCGCCGGCAAGACACUCCCUCUGUCCAUGCCAGUGCGCCUGGACAUUGCCAUUGGCUCAGCGGAAGCUCUUGCCUACAUGCACUCACACGGUGGCCACAACCACGUCCAUGGCGAUAUCAAGUCCGGCAACAUCCUCCUCGACGAUAAUCUCACACCCAAGGUCUCUGAUUUCGGGUCGGCGAAGCUCGUGUCCGUCGCAAGCAGGUACUCCAAGUGGUGUGUGUCCGGGGACAUGAGCUACAUAGACCCAAUAUACAUAAAGUCUGGCCGCUUCACGGAGAAGAGCGACGUGUACAGCUUUGGUGUGGUGCUCUUGGAGCUCGUCACGAGGAAGCCGGCCAAGUACGGGGACAAUAGCCUCUACAUAGACUUCAUCAGGUCCUUCAAGGAGGAGGGAAAUGGAAGGAAGAUGUAUGACGAAGAUAUCUUGUCUGGUGAGGAUGCCCGAUCAUAUCAUCACAUGGAAUGCCUGGACAGGAUCAGUAGGCUCGCGGUCCAAUGUCUCAAGGAAGACGUGGAUGAGAGACCGACCAUGGCUGAGGUGGUGGAGGAGCUUAAGGAAGUGAAGGCAAUAGCCAGCGGAGGCUCAAGUUCUGUUGCAAGCUAAUUAAGCAUGCAUGGAACAUGGUCAGCACUCAAGGUAGCAACUACUUUAUAGCAAGAGUUCAGCAUAGUCUAUCCCUGUGUAUAUUCACUGUUACCAUUGUUGAGUUGAUUGCACUAUGAAUUGUGCAUGUAGUGGUACUCUCUCUUGUAUGUAGUGCAGCUUGUACUAUAGUCUGUUUCUGUGAUGCUGUAGUGUAGCUUGUACUAUAGCUACAAUCCGAUCGACUGUAACUGGACAAAAUAAAGGACGAAUCGGACAGGUUAUUCGCCGGGCGACGACCAGCGCAAGACUCUGUCAAGUGGCGAAUACUUACAAGCAGUACAAGAUUCUGACGGGUACG